CAUGCCUCUGUGCUCCCAGAGCUGCACAGCUCUGCGCUGCAGCAGCCAUGGCCAGCCAGUCACUGUUUGUUGUUGCUAUAGAUUUUGGCACAUCCUACAGCGGGUACUGCUUUUCUCUUGCUUCGGGUACAGACCAAAUCCGCCAGGUUUACUGGGGAGCAGAGCAUGGGUUAAAGACCCCAAAGACACCUACCAGCAUCUUGUUCAACCAGAAGCAGGAGUUCAAAUAUUUUGGUUAUGAUGCUGUGAUGAAGUACAAGAGCCUGCCCUCCAGCCAAGCUGACAGCUGGUACUUCUUCCAGAACUUCAAGAUGCAGCUGUACAACACGAAUAUCACAGCUGGCAUGAAGCUGAAAGCCACCAAUGGAAAGUUCCUUCCUGCCUUGACAGUCUUUUCCGAAAGCCUGCGCUUCAUGAAGGAACAUGCUUUGAACACCAUCAAGGAGGCCUCUUCCCAAACUGUCUACGACCAGGAGGAGUUCACCUGGGUCAUUACUGUCCCGGCCAUAUGGAGCGCUGCUGCCAAGCAGUUCAUGAGACUGGCAGCAAAAGAGGCAGGAAUUAUCUCUGAUAUGCUCUCUAGGAACCUGAUCAUUGCCUUGGAGCCGGAAGCUGCAUCGCUGUGGUGCAAGCAGCUUCCACGUGAAGGGUUUAUGGCAGACAGCAGUGACAAGAAGAAGUUUGAAGACUCCCCUGGGAUCCAGUAUAUUGUUGUCGACUGUGGAGGUGGCACCAUAGACAUCACAGUACACGAGAUCCAAGAAAACCAUUCCCUAAAGGAGCUACAUAAGGCAAGUGGAGGUGGAUGGGGAGGCAACAGAGUGGAUGAAAACUUCACCAAUUUCCUCAAGGAAAUAUUCAAUGAUGGUGUAUGGGAUGAAUUUGUGAAGAAGUACCCUACUGAAUUACAAAAUAUGAUGUACAACUUCAGCUUACAGAAAUGCUCUGCUAGUAGGGAGGCAGUCUACAUACGCUGCUACUACAACCUGACCAGAGUGGCAGAGUCCAAGAAGGACAUUUCCCAAUUCUUUAAAAAUGCAGCAGGAGCUGUGUGGUGUGAUGGGACAAUCAUGAUUACAUAUGAGAAAAUGAGGAGCUUGUUUGACUACAGUAUCAACAAUAUAAUUUUUGCUUUGAGGGAAAUUCUUUGCAGACCUGAGAUGGACAAAGUCCAGUACAUUUUACUUGUGGGAGGCUUUGCGUGCAGCAUUAUCCUGCGAGAUGCAGUGAGGCAGGCCUUUAGCAGCAAGUACCAUAUCCUUUGUCCCAUGGAGGCCCAGGCAGCCAUUGCAAAAGGGGCUGUUUUAUUUGGAGUUAAUCCACACAUCAUUACCUCAAGAAUCAGCUGUAGGACAUAUGGCUUAAGAGUAGGUGAGAAAUUUGAUGAGGCUAUCCAUGAUGCCCGUAAACGGAAGGUCUCGAAAGCUGGUGACUUUAUUUAUUGCACAGAUCUCUUCUAUAAACUGGUGGAAAUUGGGGAGUCAGUGAACAUAGAUGAAGCUGCGCACUAUGAUUUCUUUCCAAUUGAACCAGAUCAAACACAGGUAACCUUUGCUUUCUAUUGUACAAAAAAACAGAAUGCUCAGUAUGUGGAUGAGGAAGGGAUGGAACUGCUUGGCUCCUGUGUAGUGCCAUCACCAGCCACAUGGCUGGGGUUAAAGCGCAGGCUGAAAAUUGAGAUUCAGUUUGGGCUCACUGAAUUUAAAGCCACAUGUACUGAUGUUACUUCCCAAAAAAGUCAGACAGUUAUAAUAGAUUUUUUAGCUUAUAAUUACUCAUCAUAUUGAACAGAUCUUAGAUGCCUUUUCCAACCAUUAUGAUUCUGACAAUUCUAUGACUUUUACUAUAGAGGAGACAAUUGGACCAGUAAGUUCAUCAUUCAACUUUCUUUUUACGCAGUAAAACUACUAGUCUGAUUCUCUGGUUCCUUCCAUUCCAUUCCUUCCAUUCCUCACAUUCCUCCUUCCAUUCCUUACCCUUUCAGUCCAACACUUUAUUUUCUCUUGUAUCUGACAGCAGGUUUUCCUGCUGGUUUAUCUCAUGCCCUUUUAGCUUGUGUCUCUGAACACAAUAGUCCAUACCAUCAAUACAGUCAUCUGUGACCUACCUGUGUUUGAUGGAAAGCCUCUGGACUGGUGUCUAACUUCCACAUAAAGCAGCCCAUAGCUGUUUAUUUUAGCCUGAUGUCUUCUUGCAGCUACAUUUUCUCUUUCUCUGACAUCAGAGUCCAGGUUUAAUUCUGCUGGGGGUGAUAUUUAUUGGAUUUCUGUUUUCUUCAGAAUAUGAUUUAUAUAAACUCUAUGUAAUUAAAGCUCCAGUGUCCCAGACAAAGGAGUUGAGUGAACCAGUCUAGGGGCUUGUGUCCAAAACCUGUGGGAGUCCUGUUUCCAUUAAAUGAUUGGGUGGUUCAAUCUCAUCAAUUGAGCAGAUAUAAAUGUCAGUUGUAACAUUACAGAUAUGAAUAGUGCACAUGCUGCUGCCUGAUGCUUCUGUGCAGCCCUGGUACUCUGAAUCUCUGAUUUGAGCAUGAUAUUUUCUAUAUCUGUUCAAGCUGAUCUCUUUCCUCCUGCCUGCAGCACCUGUGCACAAGUUGAGCACUGCGAAGGCUUCAUGAGCCUAAAUUUGUCCACAAAAAGGAUGCAGUCCUGGAGCGUGCUGUGUCUGGCUGAGGUGCAGUGAACUUUCUUCAUAGCAGCUCUGAUGUUGGUGUGUGGUUUGGGUCCAGAAUGAUGCUGAUAGCACACUGGUGGUUUGGGGUGGGCUGGUGUUGCAGUGUGAUGCCAUUUCCUGUUUUAGCUAUCCCAGCCGUUUCCCAGGUGUGGCAAUACCUUCUCCCUUCCCCUCCCACUUCCCCCCUUGCUAAGUGCUGUCAGUCAAUCUUAACAUUCCAGCAAGGGCGUGGUCUGGUUGGUGCAGUUCAAAAGAUGCCCCUCAGCCCUGGGGUCAUUGGCCUGUCUAGGUGUCAUUGUCCCCUGAGUCUUCCCCCACUCCCACCUGGUUGGUGGCUCACCUACCCCUUCCCCUCCCCCUUUCCCCAGGCUUAAAAGGACACUGAGACCAUGCGGUCGGGAUUCUGCUGCAGCUGUUACAAGAUUCAGAUGUCUGUUACCCUGGAAUAAAACUCUGGAUUAAACCCUGCGGCAGAAUCCGUCUCCUUUUCCUCUUCACCUCGCCUAAAGCCCUUCCACCAGUGGUAACAUUGAGUCCUUGCAAGCCUGGACUUGUUCCAAGUGCCCAGCUGCAACAUCCAGCCAGCCAAAGGUGUCUCUGAGGUGAAAUACCACAGCUGCUGCCUCUGGUCCAGCAGCAAGGGUCAGACGAGCCCAGGGAUGUUCCAUCUGGUAAUGUUGGGAUCUUAUUCCAGUAGGCUGGGGUUUGUGGAGUUGGCUUUCUUCCCCUUUACCGAGGAUGUAAAGUUUCUCUGCUGAACACCAGCCUCCACCAAUGCCAAUUCUUGGUUUGCUGGAUACAGUGCAAGAAAACUCAGCCCUGUCAUUCUUAUUAGUUGAAUGAUCACGUUAGAGUCACUGCUGGCCAUGUACUGAGUGGUGUUAAUCGUGAGAGCAGCACUCAGAGGACUAACCUACAUAUAUGCUGCGCCGUAUGAUAUUUAAAAGUGAAAUGAUUUUGAAAUUUUAAAUGUUAAAUUUAAA